ACAGCCUUGAAUCUCAGUCGUAUUGCUGUGGACUGCUGUAUAAUAGAGUAUUGAACUGGAAGAUUAAUUUCAGUAUCACAAGAACUGACGUACGUUUGAAUAUGUAAAACAACCUUUGUGUAAUUUAAGAAUAGUAUUAUUUCACUAAUUGUUGUCUGUGUAUCAUGUAUCGAGGACCAUUUCUGUAUUAUUAAGGAGCCAUAUAUGUACAGUAGACUCAGAGUCUGCCUGUGCAAGUCAAGAUAACAACAGGCGGUCAAAUUAAUUAUUAGUGGUCUCAACAUCCGGUGAAAACAUCCUCAUACUGAGCACAGAUAUUGUAAUGACCAUUUCGACAGGAAUUUUGAUACUGCUAUAAGAAGGAUAGCAGUUGCAUCCAAUACAACGUUUCAGUUAGACAGUUGUUUUUAAAUAUAAACGUUUAAAAUGAGUCAAUUCAUGUGGUAAAAAUGAAUGUGUCAAAGAUGAUCCGUAAUGCAUUCUGAUGUCAUACACCAAACAGGGCGGGUCCAGUCCGCUGUGACACGUCAUCAAUACCUGCUGUCAAUCUUCGCGAACUCGAACCCCAUUGGCUGAUUAUGAGAUAACCCUGAAUAUCAUUGGUCAUUCCUCACUGUCACGUCAUUUUGAUAGCAUACGACGAAUUUACUGUUUAUAUGAAAAGACGUGUUUCUAGUUGAGAUUAACAAUAUUCCAUUAUUCUGUUAAAGUUUAUGUACCUCGGAUUUUAAAGUGGAUGGCCUCUUGCCUGGGCAUCGAUUUCGAAUAAGUUGCAAAGAUAACUGUGGAAUGAUGCGUGAGGUUGGGAAAUUGUGGAGCAACAGCUCAGAGGGUCACAGCAGUGAUCCUGAAGAGGAUGAUGAAGAAGGGAUGGCGUUCGGCGAGGCUGAGGAAGACUCUGAAGAGAUGAUGGACUUGAGUGAUCUACCUACAGCUCUGUUUGCCUGCAGCGUGCAUGAGGCUGUGUUCGAGGAGGACAGGCAGAGGGAGCGGUUUGAGGCUCUGUUCAGGAUCUAUGAUGAUCAGACGUCCUUCCAGAUGUUCAAGAGUUUCAGAAGAGUUCGGAUCAGCUUUAGCACUCCAGAGGCUGCUGCACGCGCACGCAUCGAGCUCCAUGAAUCCGAUUUCAAUGGCACGAAACUAAAACUGUACUUCGCACAGGUGCAGAAUUCAAGGGACGACAUGGACAAGACAUACCUUGCCCCACCUCAACCUGUCAAGCAGUUCCUCAUCUCUCCACCUGCGUCCCCACCUGUGGGAUGGAGCCAGAGUGAAGAUGCCACACCUUUGAUCAACUACGACCUGCUGUGUGCUGUGGCCAAAUUGGGACCAGGUGAGAAGUAUGAGCUGCAUGCGGGUACAGAGUCCACUCCUAGUGUGGUGGUCCACGUGUGUGAGAGCGAUACUGAGGAAGAGGAAGAAGCCCGGCCAAAAGCCAAGAUUGUCCAGACCGGACGCCCCGACGGUCCCCCGAAAGUCUACAACUAAAACCUUUGGCACACUUCACACGUUUUUCUCUCUCUCUGUGUCUCUUUCUCUCAUCCAGGGAAAGGCACACUUUAUUUCAAUAACAAAAAAAGCUAAACUAAGAAUGGGAUGGAUGUGGAGGGAUGCUCCGUGCACAGGUGACGUGUGGUGUUCUGAACUGGACUCGUGAACUGAACACACUGUCUCACUGCUGCCUCACGGGACAGCCAGGGGGCGAUGAGCUUGCGACCCCCGUCUCACAAUCAUAGCGCUUUCAUUCCCUCAUUUAGAGUCUUUGUACUGUAGCAUUGAAGAGCAGUAAUUGUAUUUAACAGUCGUAGAAGUAGGUUACAUGUAAACUUUGUUACUGUUUGUCACUUUGAUUGAUCAUCAAAGAAAAUAACGCUUUAAAAAAAGGAAGCCGACCCAUUCUGCUUUCUCCGUUUCUCUCUCGACAGCCGUGUCCGCGUUCAUCUCCAUAUCGGUCAGGUUGGCACACCUGCAGAGGUGGCGCGGCUCGCUGGGAUUGUGACCCAUGUGCGUAUUUAUGCCUGUUCAUACCAUGCUAGAAUGAGAUGACAAGUUGUUUAAUGGAAAUGGUAAGAACGGUUAUGAUGAGAGGGUGUUUACUAAGUUAGAUGUGUAUUAUUCUUACUGUGUAUUUGAUACCACACAUUUUUGCAUGCUGACUGGCGUAUUUUAUACUCUAUGUUAAAGCAACUUUAAGCAUAUCUGAUCGCUGUCUUUCAGAGUGAUUGGCCUUGGAAAGCGAAGAAACAGUUGUCAGGUGUAAAGUUCGAUAUUUUGUAUUUGUAUAGCGCAUCAUUCACUUGCAGGCCAGAUAAACAAUUAGGAAAAAGCACAUGGUUUGGGUCUUAGUUUUACACCAUCUCUGUUUGGCGUGAUUCUGUACCACUUGCAUUGUUUAGCACUGACAAUGUUUGGUGUUUUUCAUAUCUUCAUUGAUUUAUUGAAUAUACAUUGACAUGCUCAAGUUUCGAAAUGAAAAUCAAUGUGCCGAGUGACCCAGAACAGAGUACUGAUAAUGAUACUGUCAUAUUGUUAAGUUGUGCAUUUUGCAAUGACAGAUCAAAUCAUAUAAAGGGAUAGUCCACCGAAAAAUGAAAAUUCUGUCAUCAUUUACUCCAAACCUGUAUGACUUUUUUUCUUCUGUGGAACUAUCCCAGUUCUUUUGUGUCUCAUAAUUGUUUUUCCAUUUUAUAAACCUCCACUGUGUUAAUUCAUACCAAAAAGGUAAAAAUAGAUGAAAAUGGAUGGAUGAAAAUGUCAUUUUAAGAUAUUUGUUUUAGUAAUAAUGUACAGUCAGUGAAGUAGAAUGUCACGAUUGACCAAUCAGAUUGAGGAUUGCAGAGGCUUAUAAAGAUGGCGGUUAAAUUAGCCUUAGAAAAAAAGUCACAUUUUAGUCAAAAAAUAAUUUAAAAAGAAAGAAAAUUCAGUUAAACAUUGAGUGAUAUUCAGUCAUAUUUUGAAAUGCAAUGAAAAAGAAAUAAUGCAAACAAAUAACUGUGAAAUUCAUGUGACUUUAUAAAUUGCCUUGCUCCCUUACUUACAUGUGAGAAAAAGAUUUCAAGUGUUUUGUUUAAAAGCCAAUCCUUUUGUGAUGAAGGACUCAUUUAGCAAAUAACUUAAUAUAGAAAUAAAUAAUUUAACUUUUUUUUAUUUUGUACUUCUGCAUGCUGUGACUUUUCCAUAGAUGGAGUCUUUCCCGUUUGUAUCUCACUCUGAAUGCAGCCCUUUUCUCCUGCCUGUUUCAUCCUGUUGUGUUUCAGUCAAUACAGGUGUGAGAAACAUGGUGAACAAAGCUCUUUGAGUUCUUGAUAACCAGCAUGAACAAAUGUUUUGGACUCUUUGAGUUUUGUGUGUGUUAACCUUUAAGACAAAAGGAAGAAGUUAAGUAUAUGAACACAAGAAGCAAAUUUGUACCGAGUUGUAAGAUAAGCCUACCAUUGGCAGCAUAAUGUAUUGAUAUUUUUUACUGUCUUUAAGGCUGUUGUUGCAGUUGCUCCGUAUCAGUAAAAUUAUCUUGUUCUUUCUUUUCUUUUUAUAAGGAAGCCUACAGAUAGUCAGUUCUAUCACCGUUGCUGUUCUGUUUGGAUCUAGAUAUUGUCUAGUACUUUAAGUGUAGUUCAUAACCCGUGAACACGAAGCAAUAAUUUACAGUUAUAUGUCUGUGUCCCGUAUGGUAUGUAUUUUUUAUUUUAUUUUAUUUUUUUGCAGGGCUCUUCUCUGACUCUUAGCUUGCUUUUGUUUGUGUAAAUAUGAUUGUUAUUUGUUUCUCAUUGGCAUAUAAAUAUAUAAAUAAAGAUAUAUAUAUAAAGAACUGAUUAUUAAAAAAAGAUUUAUUGGGUGUUUAUUUCACCCAAGUAGUCAAGUACCUCCCAACGUGACAGAAAAGUGUGCAUCUAGAUUAAAGUCCAUUAUGAUUCAAUACUGUUUAAGGGUGUGAAUAACGUUUAUUGGCACCAUAUUUUAUUAAUCAUAGAUGAUAGGAUGUCCC